CCAUCCAUCCAUCCAUCCAUCAUCCAUCAUCCAUCCAUCCAUCCAUCAUCCAUCCAUCCAUCCAUCCAUCCAUCCAUCAUCCAUCCAUCCAUCCAUCAUCCAUCAUCCAUCAUCCAUUUAUCCAUCCAUCCAUCCAUCCAUCCAUCCAUCCAUCCAUCCAUCCAUCAUCCAUCCUUUCAUCCAUCAUCCAUCCAUCCAUCCAUCCAUCCUUCCAUCCUCCAUCCAUCCAUCCAUCCAUCCAUCCAUCCAUCCAUCCAUCCAUCCAUCAUCCAUCCCUCCCUCCAUCCAUCAUCCAUCAUCCAUCCAUCCAUCAUUCAUCCAUCAUACAUCCAUCCAUCCAUCCAUUAUCCAUCCAUCCAUCCAUCCAUCCAUCCAUCCAUCCAUCCAUCAUCCAUCAUCCAUCCAUCCAUCCAUCCAUCCAUCCAUCCAUCCAUCCAUCCAUCAUCCAUCAUCCAUCCAUUCAUCAUUCAUCAUCCAUCCAUCCAUCCAUCCAUCCAUCCAUCCAUCCAUCCAUCCAUCCAUCCAUCAUCCAUUCAUCAUUCAUCAUCCAUCCAUCCAUCCAUCAUCCAUCCUUCCAUCCAUCCAUCCAUCCAUCCAUCCAUCAUUCAUCAUCCAUCCAUCCAUCCAUCCAUCCAUCCAUCCAUCCAUCCAUCCAUCCAUUCAUCAUUCAUCAUCCAUCCAUCAUCCAUCCAUCCAUCCAUCCAUCCAUCAUUCAUCCAUCCAUCCAUCCAUCCAUCCAUCCAUCCAUCCAUCCAUCCAUCCAUCCGUCCAUCUGUCCAU